AUGGAUCAUACCACAGCUGUAAAAGAGAUCUCGGCGCGGGUUGCUGAGUUCUACCAGCGCCAACAGCCGUUUCGCAUCUAUCAUGGCUCAACCAACAGCACACGUCCUUCCAACCACUCUGCAUCCACCACCAUCAGCACUGCAGAUCUCACCCGUGUCCUAGAGAUCAAUUCCGACCGAUGUACGGCAAUAGUUGAGCCUAAUGUACCCAUGGACGCCCUGGUGGCUGCCACCAGGGCUCACGGCUUAGUCCCUUUGGUGGUUCCAGAGUUCCCGGGAAUCACCACGGGUGGUGCAUUCUCGGGGACAUCCGGGGAGAGCUCCUCCUUCCGAGAGGGGUUCUUCGACCACACGAUCAAUUGGAUCGAAAUGGUCCUCGCCAAUGGAGAAGUGGUGAAGGCGUACAACGAUCGCGUCGAGACCGUGGGGUCAGGCCACUCCGACUUGUUCUGGGGCGCGGCAUCCUCCUUCGGGACCCUUGGCGUGGUCACUCUGCUGGAGGUUCGCCUGAAAAAGGCGGAACCGUUGGUAGAAUUGAAAUAUUAUGUUAGCUCCGAUAUGAACGAUGCGGUGCGUAUCUUCCAGCAAGUUGGCGCUGAUCCCCAGACCGAAUUUUUGGAUGGUAUCGUCUAUUCCCGGAAUCAAAUUGUCGUUUGCGCAGGACGACAGGUGGAACACACCCCUGUUCAACCCCAGCGCUUCACCCGCCGUCAGGAUGAUUGGUUUUACUUGCAUGUUCAACGUGCCACGGCUGGCGCCUUCGGCCGAGUCGAUUCUCACACGCCCCAUGCUGUGGAUUAUAUCCCCUUGACAGAUUAUCUCUUCCGAUAUGACCGGGGUGGGUUUUGGGUGGCCCGUUAUGCCUUCCACUACUUCUGUGUCCCAUUCAUCUUUAUGACACGCUGGCUGCUCGACCGCUUCAUGUACACCAGGGUGAUGUAUCACGCUCUACACGUCAGUGGUCUGGGGCGGCGGUAUGUCAUUCAGGAUGUUGGUGUGCCUAUAUCCGCCGCCGCCGAGUUUCUUGACUGGCUAGAUCGCCCUGAAAACUUUGGACAAUAUCCUCUCUGGCUCUGCCCGCUACCCCCGGGAAGCGCAGGAGGGCUGGAAGGACAGCCAAUUGACAGCAAGGGAGAAGACGUGGACAGCCAAAAGACCACCCUCCUCAAUUUUGGAAUUUGGGGCCCCGGUGUAACCACUGAGCAAGCCAGGUUUGUGGCUCAGAACCGCCAGCUGGAACACAAGGUUCAGAGCCUGGGGGGAAAGAAAUGGCUGUACGCCCAUGCUUACUAUACAGAAGAUGAGUUCUGGGCCAUCUAUGACCGGCCCGGAUAUGAUGCACUGCGUGGGAAAUACCAUGCACAGCAUCUUCCAACUCUGUAUGACAAGGUGCGAGUGCGCCCUGAAGAUUUGCCCGGGGCGCACCGAGGAGACUUUGAAAGUGGCUGGAAGGGGAUGGUCAAACGUGCCCUUUGGGACGUUUGGCCAUUCAGUGGCCUGUAUGGAGUCUACAAAGCCUGGAGAGGAGGUGACUAUUUACUGCGAAAGGAGACCCAUAAGAAAAAGUCCGAUUGA